UUUACCAACUUAGGGUAACUGGGAAGAAGGUGGUGUCCAGAUAAAUGUUCAAUGUUGCCUUGUGUUCUAAUAAAACAAUUUUAAAAACAGCUUUCUUGCCCUCUUGGUGGCCUUCCUUCCUACAACUCCCUCUCACUUCAUUCUAACAGAAGGUCCUGAUACUGAUCAUUAGAGAUACAUGUUUGGGACCUAAUAGGCAUUGCUAAACCCAUCUAGGGAGAAAUUGGCUUUUAUUUAGAGGAUAGAAGACAGAAAGUAUAGUCUCUGUCAGUGAAAGGUUGUAUAUGUAUAUUUUGUUUAAAAAACAACCCCAACAACAACCUUGACCUUGUGGUUAAUUGACUUGCCUAGGAUUACACAGCUAGGAUUUGUUGUCUGAGGCUAGAUUUAAACUCAGGAUCUCCCUUCUUUAGGCCUGGCUUUCUCUACUGAGCCAUCUAGCUGCCCCUGUGUAUAUAUAUAUAUUUUUUUUGUAAUACUGGGGUUGGGAUGAAGAAGGCAGGAAGAGGAAGUGAUGAUCUUUUUUUUGGUUCUGUUCAAGAAAGCCAGAGGGACUCUGGUCAAAAACUAUCACCCUCCCCACUUUGGGUAAGACUAAUUCUGUUUAGGAUAUGUUGGCACAGGGUCCUUUUGGCUAGUGGAUUCAGCCUUCACUGUGUUCAUUCAUAGUGGGUGAUUGAGGUUGGCAUACAGGGCUGAAUGGUAAACAGAAGGAAUGGGUAUGUUGCCAGGUGUGUUAUAAUUUGGUGAAUAGAAUGGGGGCUCCCUUUGUUCCUUUUGGUGUUUGUUUAGAACAGAAGAUAAGAUAGGCAAUGCUUAGGGGUGUUUGUUCAGGUGGCUACUUAUAAGAAACCAGCACUUGUUCUAAGCAGUUCAGCUUUACUCUGGAUCCAGACAUUCUCAUCUUCUUGGGAAUUCUGAGGACCUGUCACUCUGGUCUCCUUAAAGCCAGGCCUGGGACAAAACCAGUAGUCUGGGCAACAGGCUGAAUUGGAUGGUAAGGCCAGUGUCAGUUGGGACAAACCAGUUUCUUCACUGAUCCCUUGAGGGGCUGCCCUGGGAAGUGAUUGACAUGUAGCUAGGGUUUAUAACACAAAGCUGAUGCUCCUCCCAGGCCCCACCUCCACACUAUUGGCUGCCUGCCUGCCACGCGCCCAGGAUCGCUGGAGGCUUUGCUCAUGCAUCUCAGGAACAGCUGCACAUUUGACCUGGGUAGGGGUAUGGAGGGGGGAAGGGUAGCAGGGAGAAACUCUGAAAGAACUUUGGUAGGGACCAGAAAGCCCGCUGUAUGGGGUGUGAUUAUGGCCCUCUGUGUCUUAGUCCAAAAACUAGAAGAUUGGCAGGGUUACAUGGGGAUAGAUGUGAAAGUCAUUGGACUGGAAAAGGUGUCCCUUCUGUGGUGAAGCCUCCUUUGAUUGCUUUGUCCCAUAGUGUUGAAGGGAGUAGGAGGGACCAGCAGCUUUGGCUUUCUUAGAAUUUUUCUAGAAGCAGAAUCCUUAUUUUUAUGGGAAAUGUAGAAACAGUCAUACCUGUAUGGGAUGCAGUCACCUUCUCCUUAGGAGACUAUCUCCUUAUCUGGCCUGCAAGUUCCUGAGAUGUCUGAGUCUCAGAGAUACUCAGAUCCCCUUUGGUUUCCUUUACAAGGUAAUCCUUGGGCUUUCUGUGCCUUAGCCCCAAAUUUUUUUCUAACCCAGAAUUUGAAUGAACUGAAUUAGGUAAAUUAUGCUGUUUCUUCCUAAAGUUAUAAAGAUGUUUGUGGCAGAACAGGAAAUAGAACCCAGAAAUCAGGAUAUUCCAAUUCUAUUGCUUUUUCUUCUGUCACACUGCCUCUGAGAGGGCUUAGGAAGCUCAGCCAGGGCCAGAUGGAUUUCCAAAACUAGUUUAGUUGUUGGAGUCAGGGAUGGUUUUAAAUUUAAAGAGGAGAGAGAGGGAGAGACAGACACAGAGUCAGAGAGAGUAUUCAUGUACUCAAGCACGUGCACUGGAGAGACCAGGUAGCAGAGGCUGGGAUUUUUACAAAAUUCCUUAACUUCAGUAUGAAUUUUGCUUCCCUGUGUAGUAGCCCUCAUUAGAUAUGUGAAGAAUUAGGACCCUGACAAAGAAAAUUAUAUCUUUUCUUCAGUUCAAACAUGGAUCACAAAAGACCUUUUUGCCCUGGGCCUUCAAAAGAGGUUGCUUUUCCUUUUUCUGGUGGAUUCCUGAGCAUUGGGAAAGUUCAUAAAAGAACCUGCCUAAAUGGUGGCAGAGUAUAGUUGGGUCUAGGAAGUAACUCUGUUGCUCAGUUGCUUCCUUUCUAUGUCAGGAAUAAGGGAAUACCAGGGAAGAUCCAGGAGUGAUUGCAUUGUUCCUUAUCCCAUUCCUCAGUGGGCUUAGACAAACAGAUGUGUCCUAUUUCCUAGUGGGGGGUGGGUGGAGGGGGUAGUAGUGAGGAGACUAGCAGAUUUCUCUGUCUGCUCACCUCCCUGCCCAGCUGUUCUGUAGGUUAGCAGUGCAUGUCUGGUCCUAUUUCUGAUGAAAGUAGACUUUGUUCUUUGGAGGCUGAUAAUCGUGCCCCAUGGGGGUGUAAUCAGGGAGAAGGUAUUUAAUACAAGGCAGGCGGGAACAGGCGGCCUGUCCCAGCUGGCAGAUUGCAACAUGGCAAUUAGGUAGGGUCUUAUCCCUCUCCCCUCCUCCCUUUAUUGGCCCUAGCUGAUAUCCAGGAGUUGAAGAAUGAAUGUUAUUCAGGAGUAGAGGAAGGGGGUGGACAGGGAAGGGAGGAGUUUUGCAUACUCCUUUUCCCAAGAAUUGGAAGAGGAAAGUACUACUGUGAUAGACUUCAUAUGGUAGAGAUACCCAGCUGUGCAGCUAUCGGUAAGACUCCCCUGGACUGACCCAGGCAGCAAACUUUCUCUUGAUGCUUUAAAUCACUUUCUUUAUCAACCUUUUUAUAGUUCAGCCUAUGGUAAAACUUAGCUCUUUUCCUUACACCAAUAAGAUAGGUUGGGCUAGUUCAGGGGAUUCUUUCAGUAUGUACUUAAGACUCCCCAGGCUCAUCCUAAUGUGAAUCCCAAUCAUGAAACUUAAUGCAUCUUUGGUUCAGCCACAGUCACUCAGAACCCAUCCUGGGCCUUGGUAGAAUCCAUCAUCUCCCCUCCAGCCCCCAAUGUGUGCCCUCAAAUUCCUUCCAACUACAUGAAGUCUAUCUUUGACUGAGCCUCUUCAAGCUGGAAUCUGGUUCUUCAAAGACUUCUCUUAUUCAGGAGUGUUUAGAAAAUACUAACUGGAGGAGGGAUAGGGGAGGCCCUAGAGCAAUGUCUUCUAUUUUCUCUCCUGCUCAUCUUUCACUGUUCUACUUCAGACCCCUCUCCCUUUACUGUCUUCUGUCUCAGGCUGAGUUAUCAGGCUUUUUAAAAACCUUUACCUUCUGUCUUAGAAUCAGUGCUGAGUAUUGGUUCCAAAGCCCAAGAACAGUAAGGGCCUGGCAAUUGGCAUUGUUUAAGACUUGCUCAGUGGUAUGUAGCCAGUAAGUGUCUGAAUUCAUGAACCCAGAACAUUCCAUCUUCAAGCCUGCCUCUCUAUCCACUCAGUCACCUAGCUGCUCCUUAUCAGGUCUUUUUUGCUCUUUAUUGCAUCUAGUUGUACUCCCUAUGCCUGUUCCCCUCAGGGCUUCUCUCUUUCCUGCCUAGGAUAGUGGGCUCCUUGGAUGUGUGGAGAGUUAUUGCCCUAUCCCUCUUAGCAGAACAUGAUUUAGGACUACUUAUAAGUUAGGAGUCAGUAUGUGGAACCAAAUGACCCAGAGAGGCUUUGGUAGUGUAUGUGGAUUAAUCAGGGAUGAGAAUUGGUACAGGGAUGGAGGAGGGAUGACUCCACCUCCUGGGAAUCAAAGAGUUUCAAGCCUAUCUAUAAAUUACAUUUUUUGUCCAGAUAGAUUUCCUUUUGAUAAUCUGCCUGGGGGACUUGUCUUCCCUACUCCUAUGAGAAUAGGUCCUCCCUCCCCUCAUGGUGCCCGUACACCAGAUUCCCUUUCUGCCAUUUAGAAGUGUUUUGAAGAGAACAAGUAGCUUCCAUGCCAACUUCUCAGUAUGAAUUUUCCACUGACAUCGUUAUUCAUUCUCUCUGAUAACCUGAGCUGGUCUUAACUUAGGGCGGGAAGGGGGAAAUGUUUGUUCAAGGCUCUUUGCAUUUUUAGCAGCUGAGACAAGCGGAGCCACAGGAUGUGGAUGUAACCAGAGCCAAGGACUAUAGAGUUUGGAAUGGGGCAGAUCUGCUUACAGGAGUUGUCAGUCAGAAGAGCUGGAGGGGCCCCAGGAUGAGGAGAGCCAAAGGCUGACUUCUGGACAGCAGAACGGAGGGAGCUGCCGACAUACAGAUGAAUGCCCGUGUGAAUCCCCUUGGUGAGGCCUCAGACUGAGCCCUAUAGAUCCCUUCAGAAGGCUAAGGCAUCUGACCAUCUCUCAGGAUGACCAGUGCAGCACCCUCCAAGAAGCCAUACCGCAAAGCACCGCCACAGCACCGAGAGCUACGGCCUGAGCUGCCUGCUCCAUGGGCUCAGCAGGAGGUCAGCAUGGUUGAAUGUCAGGAGACCCUGACAGACUCGGAGAGGAUGAAGCUCCUGCAGCAAGAGAAUGAGGAGCUGCGGCGGCGCCUAGCCUCUGCCACCAGCCGGACGGAGGCUCUGGAGCGGGAGCUGGAGAUUGGGCAGGACUAUCUGGAGCUAGAGCUGGGUCAGAGCCGGGAAGAACUAGAUAAAUUCAAAGACAAGUUCCGACGACUACAGAACAGCUAUACAGCAUCCCAGAGGAGCAACCAGGAGCUGGAAGACAAGUUGCACACACUGGCCUCUCUUAGCCACAGCUGGAUUUUUGCAAUUAAGAAGGCUGAGAUGGACCGGAAGACCCUGGACUGGGAGAUCGUGGAGCUAACUAACAAGCUGUUGGAUGCAAAGACCACCAUUAACAAGCUAGAGGAGCUCAAUGAACGCUACCGGCAGGACUGUAACCUGGCUGUCCAGCUUCUCAAGUGCAACAAGUCCCAUUUUCGAAACCAUAAAUUUGCUGAUCUGCCAUAUGAGCUUCAGGACAUGGUUAGCAAGCACCUGCAUAGUACCCAGGAUGCCCCUGGCCCUAGUCCUGCCCCUAGCCUGGCUCCAGGAGCUGUGGUACCCACUUCAGUCAUCGCUCGAGUCCUGGAGAAGCCAGAGUCACUCCUGCUCAACUCUGCCCAGUCUGGCAGUGCUGGACGCCCUGUGGCUGAGGAUGUCUUUGUGCAUGUGGACAUGAGUGAGGAACUGGGCAACCCUGCCAGUCCCAUGGCUUCCAUGAGUCCCACCUCCCAGGCCAAUGGGGAGUGUUGCCCUUCAGGCAGUACUCAGGGCUCAUCAGAGGAAGAGCUGCCCCUGCCACCCUGUGAGAAGCUGAGCCCUUACCCUACCCCGCCACCCCCCCAUCCUUUGUACCCUGGCCGAAAAGUGAUUGAAUUCUCUGAGGACAAGGUGCGUAUUCCUAGGAAUAGCCCUCUGCCCAACUGUACCUAUGCCACCCGACAGGCCAUCUCUCUAAGCCUAGUAGAGGAGGGGUCAGAUCGGGCCCGACUCAGCCCUGGCAGCCCAGCCUCUACCCAGGCCUCACCUCGACCACCUGCCAGUCCACCCUCUGCACCUAGCGCUAUUGCCAGCUCUGCUAGUUCUGAAGAAGAUUUGCUAUUAGCCAGCUGGCAGCGAGCAUUUGUGGAUCGGGUACCUCCACCUGCCCCUCUGACCCAACGCACAGCCUUUGGGCAUGAUGUGCUUCCAGAUACCUGUAGUUUUGCUGGCAGCCCCUCAGAUAGUGAGGACCCUGUCCCUGCCCCUUCAUCCCCAUUGGGUGAGGGGUGUCGGCUGUUGCCAUUCCCCAGCCCACUCCUCUCCAGAGAUGAGGAUGAGUUGAACCUGCCUGUGAGCCCUGCAGAGGAGCGCCAGAGCUUGCUGCCUGAAGGAGAGGAAGGGUCUGGCACCCCUCCUGAGGAGACCAGGGCUCGAUUGACCUCCAGUCGUCCCCAGAGAAGCCCCAAGCGGAUGGGUGUGCACCAUUUACACCGAAAGGACAGCCUAACCCAGGCCCAGGAGCAGGGCAACCUGCUAAACUAGAGCCUGGCAUCCCCUUCUCCCUGCUACCCCCUUGCCCUCCCCCUCCCCCCCAGGUUGUAACUGCAUGGGGGACACUGAGGCCUCCUGCCCACUCUAAACUCAGGUUCCCCAGCCCCCUGCUCCUUGGACCAGCCAGUUCACACCAUUGAAAAAGCAGGGACCUUUGCCUUGGAAUUGGCAUUGAAUCAGUCCCUUCACCCAUUUGGAGGUUGACUUUUUCUACAAUUGAGGCACCUGAUGCUUGUCCAAAUAGGGCCUGCUAGGCCUUACUGAUCCCAGCUGAGCACAGGAGACCCUUUCCCCAAACCUUGACCAUCCCUGGGCUGCACUGGGUGUUUGUUAGGGUUAGGGGGUGGGGGGAAGGUCCUGUCAGUAUUUGCCCUGAAGUCCGAUUCUCCCUCAAGGGAGUUUAUUUUGGGGGAAGGGGUUGUUUUUGACCCCCAAGUUUCUUUUACUUAUUGCCUGACACCCUUUCCAUGCUAGGGGCUAUUGUUGCAGAUCUGUGAGGUCAAGGGUGAAAGGAGGGUGGCUUAGGACUUUGUCUCCUUGGGGAAAUGGGGUGGAGAGAAAUCUCCUGCUUGGGCUGGCCUUAGACCCAGGGAAGACUAGAGGUGCCCCUCCCUUCCUUUGGCUCUAGACUGUUACUCUCAGCUUUGGUAAGUUUUCACAACGAUAAGUCUAUUUUAAAAUCAGAAAUAAACUAUUUUAUCGGUA